CAUUUAAGGUUAUGUAAACGUCAAAUUACAACAACAAAACUAAAACAUGAAAUUUAAACGCGAACCAGUUUAAAUACUCGCCUUUCUCAUGUAACUUAAUCUGUUAACUUUAACAUAAAAUGGCCAAAGAAGUUAUUGUGAUUUUCGUGUACGAUACAGAGAUAUUACGAAACGAGGAAGAUGAUCCCGCUUCCGCAAUUUUAUACUUCCAUCCCACUUGGGUGUCUGAUCAACAAAGAACUGCUUUGUGUGGCCAAAUCAUUGGAACCACUCGAUGCAUCAAAAGUAUAUUUACUUCCCCACAAAUUGUCUCAUUGCAAAGUGGCAAAUUUUAUCUGAUAGAAAAUGGACGAUAUUUAUUGGUGACUGGCACCGACAGAAACAUAUCAGACUGGUUAUUGGAAUACAGAGCCAAAACUUUGUAUUCCUUAAUAAAUUUUUUCCAUUAUGAUUUUGCAAACUUAGCAGAAAUUUACCCUAACAGGGAAAAUAUGUCAGCAAAAUUGUACACCAUGUUUGAAACUUAUUUAAAGAUGUUGAUAUUUGGUGGAAAUAUAUUCUCACACAUUCCUACUCUUCCAUUGCCAAAGAGUGCCAGCAUUGUAUUUAUAGAAGCAAUACACAUUUUACAAUGUUGUCAAGAACUCAACAAUGUUCUUGGGGGCACAAUGUUAUACCACAACAAGGUUGUUGCAACUCAAUUUAGUGCUGAUCUAACAAAAAGAAUUGUAUUGACGGAUCCAUACAGGAUUAAAUGUCCUGCAGAGCCUGUGGAGGUGAAUUUUGAUUUGCCUUUAGGUGUCCAGCUCUUACAAGUAUAUGUUACAAGCAAUGAAUAUCACAGUUUAAUGGCUAAAAGCAGCAGUAUUUUUCAGUAUUUAAGCAACAAGAAAAGUAUUAAAAAGAACUGCAUUAAACAAUCAUCUCAAGAUCAAGUUGUGUCCCAAAUGAAGCGGGAUCAGUCGUUGCUAUUUACGAUGGUCCCAGAAGAAGAUACUGAGAUUGCAAAUGCGAAUCCUGAAGGAUUCUUGCCCACGAACAAAAAACCUCGGCCGAAAUUUCUGAAUCUAAAAAGUAACAGCGUCGAUUUGGAAGCAAAAUCGGUUCCGAAACCAGUCACAACUCCGUACUUGGGUCAGACAAGUGUUUGUUCCACACCUCUGACAGAACUGCGGAAGUUUGUACACCAAAAUCCGCUCUCAAUUUGUCUGGAUCCUAUUGAAACUGAUCUAGUCGAUGAUAAAGAGACACCUAAUGAAGUGGCGUCAGUAACAUCGAACAAAUUAUCUAUCAAAUCGUCGAGUCAAGGCGAUUUAAGCAGUAUUAAAGUUGAAACUGAUAAUGAAGAUGACAAACCCAAAAAUAAUCACUGUAAAACAAUAACAGAUCCCACGUUUCCAGUAUUUAAUGCUGAUGGGACGGUGGUUUCAUCGUCUUUAUACAACCAAACUAUCAUAAACGACUUGGAGACGGCCAAAAACGAACUGUCGAAGAAUCAAUACAACAACAACAAAAGCGAACCGUUCAAAAACUUCGACAGUCUUCCAACAACCAUAGAGACGCCCAAAGAAGACGUUAUCAUUCGGGAGAAACCAGCCAAAACCAAUCAAGAAAAGCGAAAAUCGCUGACACUGCCACUGAAAUCGCUCAGCGAAGAUAAUACGGACAAACAGGCCUCGCCCUCGUUUACCGGUGGUCGAAAGUUUUCGGGAGGAGUGCAACUCACUCCACUCAUGUCCAGAUUAAGCAUGCUUGCCUUGGAAGAACGGUCUUCCGGCUUCGGCAGCCAGACCACUACACCCGGUGAUUUCAGGGGUGUCACGCCGACACAGCAGAACUUCCCGUUCCCGUACAAAAAGGCAAAAGACGCACGAAACGGUAAAUGUCAGAGCGACUGUGCGUUGCACAAGUGCGUGUUGUUCGUUUGCGGACAGCAGGACAUUGUGCUCACGAUGCUACUCAGAGAGGAAUGUUGUCAGUCGCCUGAAGUCAUCAAUAAAUUGUGGGAAAUAUGUACGGAAUAUCUCGGUAAGCUGGAGAAGCAGCUGCACUUGUGCAUGGAGUCGCAGCCAGGUGGCACGACUCACGACAGCGACCCUUACAGUUAUCUCAUGUUGGAUUCCGACUGGGAUACUGUACAUAGAGGCGGGCCUUGGGGAACUGACACAACUAUGCUCAACAGUAUUCACCGGGAUUUUACUGAAAUUCCCAACAUAACUGACAUGUUAAUCAGGGGGAACGACAGCGUGAUUUACGCAAAUCACUGCGGCCAAACGGAGGUUUACUAUCAUGAGACCGCGUCGGCCCAAGGCGGUUUGCCUCCGCCUUCGGAUCCCAUGGGUCAAGUGCAAUUGAAGGCAAGAAGAAGGCUGGAAAGAGACCAUGCCAUUGUAUUGUUGUGAACAAUUAAUUCAUGUUUUUUGUAUUCAUUUGUGAUGUUUGUGGUAUGGCUAAAGUUGAGACAAGGUUAUUUUAUAGUAUAUGGGUGUUACUAUUUAAAGAAACAGAUAAAAGCAUCCGUAUUUGCAUGUUAGUCAAAAACUAGAAUAUUAUUUAGAUUUAUCCUCCCUUUUUGCCAUACCAUUUCAUUGUGAUCAUGUGAACAUUCCAUGUAUACUGUAGAUAAGUGUAAAUUAUAUGAGUUUUAAACUGCAGAAUUAUAGGAAAGCAGUACUUCUGUAGUUUCAAAGCUUGUAGUAUAUUAAUGUAGGGUAACUGCGUCAUUCCGUGCCAAAAAGCUUAUUUAUUACAAAUCCGAUCUCAGUGUUUUACAAUUUAGUGUACUAAAAACGUAAUAAAUUAUCAUUUUGUGAA